AUGGACGGCUGUGUCAACGUGAGCGUGGCGGACGAGCCCGCGCUCAAGAGGUGCCAGGCGUUCAGCGCGCUGCAGGUACAUGUAUGUAACUUACACUGUAUACACACACACACACACAGACAACACGCUGCACGUCAUGGACGGCUGUGUCAACGUGAGCGUGGCGGACGAGCCCGCGCUCAAGAGGUGCCAGGCGUUCAGCGCGCUGCAGACAACACGCUGCACGUCAUGGACGGCUGUGUCAACGUGAGCGUGGCGGACGAGCCCGCGCUCAAGAGGUGCCAGGCGUUCAGCGCGCUGCAGGUACAUGUAUGUAACUUACACUGUAUACACACACACAGACAACACGCUGCACGUCAUGGACGGCUGUGUCAACGUGAGCGUGGCGGACGAGCCCGCGCUCAAGAGGUGCCAGGCGUUCAGCGCGCUGCAGACAACACGCUGCACGUCAUGGACGGCUGUGUCAACGUGAGCGUGGCGGACGAGCCCGCGCUCAAGAGGUGCCAGGCGUUCAGCGCGCUGCAGGUACAUGUAUGUAACUUACACUGUAUACACACACACAGACAACACGCUGCACGUCAUGGACGGCUGUGUCAACGUGAGCGUGGCGGACGAGCCCGCGCUCAAGAGGUGCCAGGCGUUCAGCGCGCUGCAGACAACACGCUGCACGUCAUGGACGGCUGUGUCAACGUGAGCGUGGCGGACGAGCCCGCGCUCAAGAGGUGCCAGGCGUUCAGCGCGCUGCAGGUACAUGUAUGUAACUUACACUGUACACACACACACAGACAACACGCUGCACGUCAUGGACGGCUGUGUCAACGUGAGCGUGGCGGACGAGCCCGCGCUCAAGAGGUGCCAGGCGUUCAGCGCGCUGCAGACAACACGCUGCACGUCAUGGACGGCUGUGUCAACGUGAGCGUGGCGGACGAGCCCGCGCUCAAGAGGUGCCAGGCGUUCAGCGCGCUGCAGGUACAUGUAUGUAACUUACACUGUAUACACACACACAGACAACACGCUGCACGUCAUGGACGGCUGUGUCAACGUGAGCGUGGCGGACGAGCCCGCGCUCAAGAGGUGCCAGGCGUUCAGCGCGCUGCAGACAACACGCUGCACGUCAUGGACGGCUGUGUCAACGUGAGCGUGGCGGACGAGCCCGCGCUCAAGAGGUGCCAGGCGUUCAGCGCGCUGCAGGUACAUGUAUGUAACUUACACUGUAUACACACACACAGACAACACGCUGCACGUCAUGGACGGCUGUGUCAACGUGAGCGUGGCGGACGAGCCCGCGCUCAAGAGGUGCCAGGCGUUCAGCGCGCUGCAGACAACACGCUGCACGUCAUGGACGGCUGUGUCAACGUGAGCGUGGCGGACGAGCCCGCGCUCAAGAGGUGCCAGGCGUUCAGCGCGCUGCAGGUACAUGUAUGUAACUUACACUGUAUACACACACACACACACAGACAACACGCUGCACGUCAUGGACGGCUGUGUCAACGUGAGCGUGGCGGACGAGCCCGCGCUCAAGAGGUGCCAGGCGUUCAGCGCGCUGCAGACAACACGCUGCACGUCAUGGACGGCUGUGUCAACGUGAGCGUGGCGGACGAGCCCGCGCUCAAGAGGUGCCAGGCGUUCAGCGCGCUGCAGGUACAUGUAUGUAACUUACACUGUGUAUACACACACACACACACAGACAACACGCUGCACGUCAUGGACGGCUGUGUCAACGUGAGCGUGGCGGACGAGCCCGCGCUCAAGAGGUGCCAGGCGUUCAGCGCGCUGCAGGUACAUGUAUGUAACUUACACUGUAUACACACACACACACACAGACAACACGCUGCACGUCAUGGACGGCUGUGUCAACGUGAGCGUGGCGGACGAGCCCGCGCUCAAGAGGUGCCAGGCGUUCAGCGCGCUGCAGACAACACGCUGCACGUCAUGGACGGCUGUGUCAACGUGAGCGUGGCGGACGAGCCCGCGCUCAAGAGGUGCCAGGCGUUCAGCGCGCUGCAGGUACAUGUAUGUAACUUACACUGUAUACACACACACACACACACAGACAACACGCUGCACGUCAUGGACGGCUGUGUCAACGUGAGCGUGGCGGACGAGCCCGCGCUCAAGAGGUGCCAGGCGUUCAGCGCGCUGCAGGUACAUGUAUGUAACUUACACUGUAUACACACACACACACACACAGACAACACGCUGCACGUCAUGGACGGCUGUGUCAACGUGAGCGUGGCGGACGAGCCCGCGCUCAAGAGGUGCCAGGCGUUCAGCGCGCUGCAGGUACAUGUAUGUAACUUACACUGUAUACACACACACAGACAACACGCUGCACGUCAUGGACGGCUGUGUCAACGUGAGCGUGGCGGACGAGCCCGCGCUCAAGAGGUGCCAGGCGUUCAGCGCGCUGCAGACAACACGCUGCACGUCAUGGACGGCUGUGUCAACGUGAGCGUGGCGGACGAGCCCGCGCUCAAGAGGUGCCAGGCGUUCAGCGCGCUGCAGGUACAUGUAUGUAACUUACACUGUAUACACACACACACACACACAGACAACACGCUGCACGUCAUGGACGGCUGUGUCAACGUGAGCGUGGCGGACGAGCCCGCGCUCAAGAGGUGCCAGGCGUUCAGCGCGCUGCAGGUACAUGUAUGUAACUUACACUGUAUACACACACACACACACAGACAACACGCUGCACGUCAUGGACGGCUGUGUCAACGUGAGCGUGGCGGACGAGCCCGCGCUCAAGAGGUGCCAGGCGUUCAGCGCGCUGCAGACAACACGCUGCACGUCAUGGACGGCUGUGUCAACGUGAGCGUGGCGGACGAGCCCGCGCUCAAGAGGUGCCAGGCGUUCAGCGCGCUGCAGGUACAUGUAUGUAACUUACACUGUAUACACACACACAGACAACACGCUGCACGUCAUGGACGGCUGUGUCAACGUGAGCGUGGCGGACGAGCCCGCGCUCAAGAGGUGCCAGGCGUUCAGCGCGCUGCAGGUACAUGUAUGUAA